AUGGGCAAGGCCGGGCGCGUCGCAUGUAUCACCAUUCCCAUGGCGCUGACCAUCGCGUCUUUCGUCUGCUUGGCAUUGAUCGAGGUCAGCGGCUGGAACAAAAACACCCUCAACAGCCUUCAUUUCUUCGAAGCGAACCUCGAGAACCUCACAGUCCCCAGCACCGGCAACGACGUGAUCACCACAGCCAUCGACAGCGUCCUGACCAGCGGCGCCGUCGCAAAACUCUACCAAGUCCACCUCUGGAACUACUGCACCGCGAACGACACCGAUGGCGACAUUGACCAAUGUUCCAAGCGAGAGUCCAAUUUCGUCUUCGACCCUCUCGAUGUCUGGGGCUUUGAGAUUUCGAACGAUACCACCGCGACCUCGACCAGCUCCGCGGACAACGCCAUUGAAUCGGCGGUAGCAACUCUCAAGAACAAUAGCGAGGAGUACGAGGACAAGAUCCUAGGUGAAAGUGGUCGCAAAGCCCUCUCCGCAUAUCGCAGCGUCGCCAAGUGGAUGUUCAUAGCAUAUCAAGUCAGCUUCUGGACAACACUGGCGACCAUCAUCGUGGGAAUCCUUGCCAUCUUCAGCCGAUGGGGCAGUCUGAUCACCUGGAUUCUGGCCUUUGCCUCGUCUUUCUUCACCAUCGCCGCGGUCCUUACCAGUACCAUCCUCUUCUCGGUCUUGUGCUCAGCACUCAACAAAGCACUUGAAGACUACGGCAUCAAGCUGAGCUUGGGACGCUCCGCGCUCACCACAUGCUGGCUGGCGGUAGCAUUCUCCUGGGGUGCGACCCUUUUCUGGCUGUUCAGCGUCUGCUGCUGCUCUGGUCGCAGCAACCCACACCACAGGUCGAACAAGGGCGGGCUCUGGAAUGCAGAGCCAAAGGGUCAAGGCUACGGCCGUGGCGUCACUGUUGAGAAGACAGGUGGAGGCUACCAGCGUGUUGCGAGUCCCUACGUUGGCGGUCAUCACGACGACCAAGUCCCGCUACAAAACUUUGCUGCUCAGCCAGCAGGUUACAACCACCAACAAGGCGCCGGCUACGAACCUUAUAGACAUGGUUAA